ACAACAACUGCUGCCUCAACUACAACAGGAGGUUCAACAACAACUGGUGGAUCAACAACAACUGCUGCCUCAACUACAAUGGGAGGUACAACAACUGGUGGAUCAACAACUGGUGGGUCAACAACAACUGCUGCCUCAACUACAACAGGAGGUUCAACAACAACUGGCGGAUCAACAACUGCUGCCUCAACAACAACUGGUGGAUCAACUACUGGAGGGUCAACAACAACUGGUGCAUCAACUACAACUGGUGGGUCAACAACAACUGCUGCCUCAACUACAACUGGAGGUUCAACAACAACUACUGGAUCAACAACAACUUCUGCUUCAACAACAUCUGUUGGAACAACAGCAACAACAACUACUAGAACUAAAGCCCCUGUCCAGCCAGUUGUGGUUAUCGCAGCAAUCAUAGUUGAACCGUUUGUAAAAGAAUUAAAUAAUCGAGAAAGUGCACAAUUUCAGACUCUUGAAGCAAGAGUUGUUGCAGUGUAUGAUGUGAUCUACAGGAGAAGAUUCGGCCUCCUCUUCAUCCGCACCUUUGUCAUAGCUUUUAGACCAGCUGUGAUCAGAAGACGAAUGGAAAAUACUGAAGCAGUGGUGGGGGUUGAGUUCAACAAUACUGCAUCAUCUACUGAUAUCCCACAGUCUGAGGAUGUUGCCAAAACUUUAAUAGAAGCUGUGUCUAACUCCAGCAACAACUUCAACCUCUCUGUUGAGAUCGACUCCAUCAAAGUAGUUCAAACAACUGCAGCCCCCACUUUAAAUACUACAGCUACAACAAAUACAAUGACCAAUGCUGCAACUUCAACUAUUGCUGCUACAACUAUAACAUUCUCAACUACAACAACAACGGUCGCAACUACAACCACAACAACUCCUACAACCACUACAUCUGUAGCGACAACUGCUGAGGCAGUCACAACAAGGCAGCUGACUUUUAGAUCUGCUGGAGAGACAUUUACAAGUGACUUGCUGAAUUCAUCAUCUGCAGCAUUUACAAGUCGGGCCGCAAUGAUAAAGUCAACACUUGAACCUUUCUACCAAAAGGCAUUUCCUUCAUUCCGCUCCUUGACAGUGAUUUCCUUCCGUAAUGGAUCAAUCAUCAACACCAUGAACCUUGGAUUUGCAUCUACAUCUGUUCCUAAUGACAGUCAGAUUGCAAAUACUUUGGUCAGCGCAGCUUCAAACAUCACAGCCUUCAACAUUGACACCACUUCCAUUUCUGUGAAUGGCACACAAGUUUCAAGUGGAGUGAACCACAAGAUCAGUCUCAUCACUGCAUCCUUCCUUGUGCUGUUGUCAUGGCUACUGUCAAGCCAGCAAUAGUGACAGUGCUGAUAUCCAUGUGAAACCCCAUUAUAAACUGACUGCUAUCACUGG